AUGUCUGCGAAGGCAGUGCGCGAGUUCCACGGCAAGAAGCUGAUUGCUCGUCACGUCCACGAAGUUUCCGAAGGCAAGCAUUCAAUUGAUGAUCGGAGUGUCUUGAUCACGACAGAAACAGACCUGGAAACCUUGCCUAUUUCCGAAACCUGGUUGUCCGACACUCUUUUGGUAGUCAAACCGGAUCAACUCAUCAAACGACGGGGCAAGGCCGGUUUGGUCGGGAUUAAGCUCAAUUGGCAGGGCGUACAGGAAUGGGUUAAUGCUCGUAUGCAAAAGGAAAUUCAGAUUGAGCACGCGACCGGCACGUUGGAUCACUUUAUCGUGGAGCCGUUCGUCCCACACGAACAGUCGGACGAGUAUUAUAUCUGCAUUCAGAGCGAUCGAGAAGGUGAAGAAAUCCUUUUUUGCGCGGAAGGUGGUGUGGAUGUAGGUGAUGUUGACACCAAGGCAAAACGCUUGCAUGUCGCUAUUGAUGAUGACUACCUCACACCGGAUCGCAUCUUGGAAGCGGAUCUGUUGGAGGGCGUUCCGGCCGAUCGUCAGGAUAGCUUGGCUUCCUUUGUGCUCACACUCUUUACCGUCUAUCGCAAACUCAAUUUUGUUUACAUGGAAAUUAACCCCAUUGUGUACACAGCUGAAGGUACGAUUGUUCCUUUGGAUUUGGCUGCCAAGAUUGAUGAAACGGCGGCAUUUCUGAACGCCCCUGACUGGGGCCAUUUGGAUUUUCCGGCACCCUUUGGUCGCAAGGAGUUUCCAGAAGAAGCGUACAUCCGCGACCUCGAUGCUAAGACAGGAGCCUCGCUUAAGUUGACAAUUCUAAACCAUGCUGGCCGAGUUUGGACCAUGGUCGCAGGCGGUGGUGCCAGUGUUGUGUACGCCGAUACCAUUUCAGAUCUCGGUUUCGGACACGAGUUGGCCAACUACGGAGAAUAUUCGGGAGCGCCCAGUACGGAACACACUUUCGAGUAUGCCAAGACGCUGAUAAGUCUCAUGACACGCGAAAAAGAUCCACGAGGCAAGAUUUUCAUUAUUGGCGGGGGGAUCGCCAAUUUUACCGACGUUGCUGCUACCUUUACCGGUCUCAUUAAAGCGAUCAAGGCCUUUCAAGAAAUCCUGAAAGCACAUCACAUCAAGAUUUGGGUCCGCCGUGCGGGUCCGAAUUAUCAAGAAGGUCUGCGCUUGAUGCGCGACUGUGGUGCGGAGACAGGUUUGGACAUUCACAUUUACGGACCCGAAACGCACGCUACUGCUGUGGUGCCCCUGGCGCUUGGUCUGGCGAAGGCUGGCGACUUUCCCGAAUUUGAUGACCCCCGUGUCCACGAGACUCUACCCAAGCGAAACAGCAGUAAAGCCUCACUUGAAGAAUUGUCGAAGAUUGAAUACACAGGGCAAGUUGCGGACCACGAAGCAGAUCACAAUGUCGAGAACUUUACUGCUUUGACCCGCUGUGUCGUUUACGGUAUGCAACAUCGCGCUGUUCAGGGUAUGCUUGAUUUCGACUUUAUGUGUAAGCGAAAGAAACCAUCUGUCGCGGCCAUGAUCUUUCCGUUCUCUGCAAAUCAUUUUGUAAAGUUUUACUGGGGAACCGAUGAAAUUAUGAUGCCAGUCUACCAAACAAUGGAGGAAGCCUUCAAAAAACAUGCAGAAGUGACGGUCGUUGUGAAUUUCGCAUCCUUUCGCUCAGUGUAUAGUUCAGUCUUGGAAAUGCUGAACUUUUCCGAGCAGAUAAAGACUAUUGCAAUUAUUGCAGAAGGUGUUCCAGAGUCUCAGACGAGAGCAAUAAAUAUUGCAGCUCAAAAGCUCAAUGUCGGAAUUAUUGGCCCAGCAACAGUGGGUGGGAUUAAGCCCGGUUGCUUUCGUAUUGGUAACACUGGUGGAAUGUUAGACAACAUCGUUAUGUCCAAACUAUACAGGCCGGGAUCAGUUGCCUACGUGUCCAAGUCAGGAGGUCUAUCCAACGAGUUGAACAAUUUAAUCUGCCGAAAUUCAGACGGUGUGUACGAAGGUGUGGCUAUUGGAGGAGACCGUUACCCAGGCUCACGCUUUAUGGACCACUUGUUGCGAUACAACGAUAAUCCGCAUGUUCACAUUUUGGUCCUUCUUGGAGAAGUUGGAGGUGUUGAUGAGUACGAGAUCUGUGGGGCCCUAAAGAGUGGCAGGAUCAGCAAGCCAUUGGUGGCAUGGUGCAUUGGCACUUGCGCUUCUAUUUUCCCAUUUGAAGUCCAGUUCGGUCACGCUGGUGCGUUAGCCCGCGGAGACAUGGAAACGGCUCGAGCCAAAAACAAAGCAUUGAAGGAGGCUGGAGCCCAUGUACCAGAGAAUUUCUUUGAGUUUGGCGACGUGAUCCACGAAGUUUUCGAAUUUCUCGUAAACAGAGGCUCUCUUGUACCCGCACCUGAACCAGAACCACCCAAAGUACCAAUGGACUACGCGUGGGCAAAGCGCCUCGGCUUGGUCAGAAAGCCUGCGCACUUUGUUUCAUCGAUUUCCGAUGAUCGUGGCGAAGAGCUGCUGUAUUGUGGAAUGCCGAUCAGUGAGGUCUUCGAGAAGGAUCUUGGCGUUGGCGGAGUUGUGUCACUUCUCUGGUUCCGUCGGCAAUUACCCACCUUUGCUUCCAAAUUUAUUGAAAUGAUUCUAAUGGUCACGGCUGACCACGGACCAGCCGUAUCAGGCGCGCACAACACAAUUGUUGCAGCGCGGGCGGGCAAGGAUCUAGUAUCUUCUCUGGCAAGUGGCCUUUUGACAAUUGGACCUCGCUUUGGGGGAGCGCUCGAUGAAGCAGCUGUAAUGUUCAAGGAAGCUAGUGACGCAGGUUACGAUGCAGAACAGUUUGUCAAGAACAUGAGGCGAAGCAACAAGCUAAUAAUGGGCAUCGGGCACAGAAUCAAAUCAUUGUCAAACCCAGACAAACGCGUUGAGAUUAUCAAGAACUAUGCCCUUGACCAUUUUUCCGACAACACCGUGCUAAAAUUUGCUCUUGCUGUAGAACAGGUUACGACAAGGAAGAAAGCUAAUCUUAUUCUGAAUGUUGACGGAUGUAUUGCUGUUUGCUUUGUCGAUAUGCUUCGCGGCUGUGGAGCGUUCAGUAAAGAAGAAGCUGACGAGAUGAUACAUAACGGAUGCCUUAACGGUCUUUUCGUCUUGGGAAGGUCCAUUGGAUUUAUUGGUCACUAUCUGGACCAGAAGCGCCUUAAGCAAGGCCUGUACCGUCAUCCGUGGGAUGAUAUCAGUUACAUUAAUGAAUGAAAAUGAUUUGAAACAUAUCAAGUUAACAACAUAAAUAUCGAUAAAGCUUCAUUGGGAGCUG